AUGGCAGCACACUUACCACCCAGGGAACCUGUCCUCCCAGACCCCGGGAAACGAAACAUUCUCAUUACCAGCGCCCUUCCAUACGUCAACAAUGUGCCGCACCUUGGCAACAUCAUCGGGUCAGUCCUUUCAGCCGACAUGUUUGCGCGGUACAGCAGAGCGCGCGGCUUCAACUCACUUUACAUUGGUGGUACCGACGAAUACGGAACCACCACCGAGGCCCGAGCCCUAGUUGAGAACUGCAACACGCAAGAGCUCUGCGACAAAUACUACGCGAUUCACGCUGCAGUCUACAAGUGGUUCAACAUCAGCUUCGACAUCUUUGGUCGCACCACAACACCGCUGCAAACGGAAAUCACCCAAGAUAUCUUCCUGAAGCUCAAGGACAAUGGCGAGUGUCCUGAUUGUGGCUAUGUCAAUGCUCGUGGAGACCAGUGCGACCUAUGCGGUAAACUUCUCGAGUCCCUGGAGCUUAUUCGCCCGCGCUGCAAGGUGGACGGUUCUGUACCAGUUACCAAAGAGACCAAGCAUAUCUUCUUGGAGCUGCAUAAGCUCCAGCCGGAGGUGGAGGCUUUCUUCCAGGAGUCAGCUGCUAAAGGUGCGUGGUCUAGCAAUGGAACAUCAAUCACAGCAGCGUGGCUCAAGGAAGGAUUACAGCCGCGAAGCAUUACGAGGGACCUCAAAUGGGGCACUGCGGUGCCCACGAGUUUGGAAGGCUAUGAAGAGAAGGUUAUCUACUCGUGGUUUGAUGCUUGGCAAGUUGAAAUCCUGUUCCGCGGUUGA